AUGACGCUGAUACAUGAUUUACUAAACAAAGGCUAUAGCUUAACGCUAGACAACUUUUAUACUUCACUUGAACUUUCGGAAUUACUUAUCGCGGGAAAAACAGAUAUAUGUGGCACUUUGCGUGCAAAUAGGAAAGGUCUUCCUCAAGAACUGAAAUCAGAAAGAUUGAAGAAGGGCGAAAUUAUGGCCUUUCAGAAAGGCAAAAUAUGCGUUCUGAAAUGGCAAGACAAAAAACCCAUUUCAUUUUUAAGUACCUACCAUGGUACAGAUUUCGAAACUCUUUCGAAAAAUGAUAAACUCAUACGAAAACCUACUGCUAUAAUUGACUACAAUAAAAAAAUGGGAGGAGUGGAUAAAGCUGACCAGUGUCUAGCGUAUUAUCCAUCCAGUCAUAAGAAACCAACAACGAAAGAAA